AUGAUGUCCAACACAAUGGAUUUAAAACCAAAAAUGUCUGUUAUUCCUGGUAAAACAGUUCGUUUAUUUUUAAUCGAUUUUGUUAUCGAUAACAAUGCAACUGUAUGUGGAAAAGAAAUUAAAGCACAUUGCGAACAAUUUCACAAAGAUUUAGAAGAAGAAUUUGGUGCUGGAGAAGUACAACUUGGACAAAGUUUUGAAUCGUCAAACAAUGUAAUGGGCGAGAUCCAUGCACAAAUGCAAAAAUGUAAAUGGACCAUACAAAUAAUGUGUGAUUCACAAAUACCAGCCACAAAAAGAUAUAAUGAAUAUUUUGAAUAUAAAAAAAUAAUUGAUGAUGUACACAAUAUGGUGUUUGUUUGUCUCGAUGAAGUUAGUAAACCCAAUUAUACAUUGUUCAAAACAUAUUAUGCUGGAAAUAGUGAACCGCCGCAAGCAUUUAGUAUGGAACAUUAUACAGAUAUAUCUCCAUUAUUGUUAAAUGCAGACAGUAUCAGUACGGGAGUUAUGUUCAAUCAUUAUUACAGUUAUUUUAUCAAACAAGUAAGAACAAAUAAUGUUAUAAUAAAAAUAACAUUUAACAAAAAUAUAAUAAAAGAACAAUUACCUAGUCAAAUACAAAUAGAAUUGAAUACAAUGAUUGAAAGUUUUUACAUGGAUCCUCACCGACUUCCAACAGAUAAACAUGGAAAUUUAAUUAGUCCAGAUGAAACAGAAUUACAACCACUUCAAUCUCGUAAAUUAGAUUUAAGUUUAAAUAAAAUAGAAGAUGACAAAAUAGCUGUUUUUGCGGCAGCAAGUAUGACAUCUACAACAGGCAUUAGUGAUUUUGGAAAAAUAGUACGUACAAGAGGUUGA